CCUGCAUAGGGUCCCUAAGACAGGUUUCUGUCCAGCAGCGAGAGAGCUGCAGAGAAGCAGGGCUCGGCGUGGGACGUUUGCAAACAUAUUCAUCAUUUCUGUUAUUUCUAUUUCGCGCCCUCUCGCGGCUCCGUUGAUGAACGCUCAUGCCCACCUGCAAAACGCUACAGAUCCGUUCUCUUCUCCGCUCUUUAAUUGGGGCUCAGCGGUUCAGUCCUGAUUGGCUGGUGGGAGAAAGCACCUGCCGCUGAAAGCUAUUUCAAGAGGGCGGGGAAACUCCCUGGGACAGUUGAGGGGGGCUGGUUUGCUUUUCAGGGUGCGAUCCCUCGGAGGAGUCCAAGAGCAAUGGCAGUGCAGCUGGUUGCUUAUGUGAAAAUCAGGUCUGGGGACUGCAUCAAAGUGAAAGGCAAGAUAGAAAUGAAUGCUAAAAGUUUUGCCCUCAACUUGGGACAGGAUGAGUCUGAGCUGAUCCUUCAUUUCAACCCUCGCUUCGAGAGUCAGGAGGAUGUUAGGACCGUUGUUUGCAAUUCCAAAUCAUGUGGAGAAUGGGGUAUAGAGCUCCGGGAGUCAGAGUUCCCUUUUUAUCAGGGGGAAGACAUCAAGCUCUUUGUCUACUUCGAUGCCAAAGAGGUGAUAGUGAAAAUGCCCAGGGGCCACGAAGUCAAGUUCCCAAAUAGGAUGGAAGUGGAAACAGUGGAAUUCUUCUCUAUUGUUGGUGAUCUUAAAGUCAAAUCUGUCAAAUUUGAUUGAUCCCCUCCCUUGUU